AAAUAAUAUUUGACAUUUAUCAUUUUCAGCCGAUUCUCGUUCUUUUUACGCCAAGUCAGUAUCAAGUUACAUUGACUAAAGCAAACAGCUAGACAGCAAAAAUGCCUCCAAAGUUCGAUCCCACUGAGGUAAAACUCGUUUAUUUGCGUUGUGUUGGCGGCGAAGUUGGCGCAACCUCAUCCCUUGCCCCCAAAAUUGGUCCCUUGGGUUUGUCCCCCAAAAAAGUUGGUGACGACAUUGCCAAAGCCACGGGCGAAUGGAAGGGAUUGAAAAUUACCGUUUGUCUCACAAUCCAAAACAGACAAGCCACAAUCUCCGUGGUGCCAUCGGCAGCGUCGCUCAUCGUCAAAGCCCUCAAGGAGCCGCCACGCGAUCGCAAAAAGGUGAAAAACAUCAAACACAGCGGAAAUAUUACCUUCGAUGACAUCCUCAGCAUUGCACGUACGAUGCGCCCACGUUCGAUGGCACGCGAAUUGUCCGGCACAUGCAAGGAAGUCUUGGGAACAGCACGCAGCGUUGGUUGCACCAUCGAUGGUCGCGCCGCUCACGACAUUAUUGCCGAUAUUGACAGCGGAGCUAUCGAAGUGCCCGCACAAUAAGCUGAAAUUGUGAACGGAACAAGAAAAAACAGAAUAAAUACUGAUAAUUUCAUCUAUCAAAGUUUA